UCAAACAUCAAAUUUGACAGUUCUUGGAGAACCACCAAAGCUUAAACAUGUGCAGUUUUUCGCUUGUAAUCGCUUGUUAACCCACUAUGUAAAUAAACACAGUGCAAUUCAAAAUGGCAAAACGAUUAACCGAAGAAAUGGUCAUCGCGAGGACCAAAAUCUCCGACCUUGGUAAAAUCAAAAGACUCAACUGUUGGGGAAGUGAACUUGUGGACGUCUCCCUGUUGCGUAAAAUGCCCUGCGUUGAAGUUUUAUCUCUCAGCAUCAACAAAAUUAACAGCUUGAUCGACUUCCAAUUUUGCAAACGCCUUGAGGAGCUCUACAUCCGCCAAAAUGACAUUCGCGAUUUGAAUCAAGUUGUCUAUUUGCAAAAUCUCCCCAAUUUGAAGAAUCUCUGGUUGGGGGAAAACCCUUGCGCCAAUUCAGACGGCUACCGAUUUGCCGUAAUCAAAGCCUUGCCUCAGCUCCAAAAAUUGGACAAUGUUCAAGUAACGCAAGAAGAAUUGAGAGAAGCUCAAAGAAAAGGUCGAACGUUAUGUCAUCCAGACGACGCUCAAGAUAGUGAAGAGGAGUAUUCCUCCCCACCACAACCUCCUCAAUACUACUCUGAAUCGGAGUACAGUCCUGUACAAAGGAGUCCUCCACCGAGACAAGAGCCCGACUAUGAAAUCGAAGAAAGUGAAGAUCUGUAUCCGAGAGAUGAGGUUUCGGAAGAAAGUAAAGAAUACUCACCACCGAGACAGCCCAGCCCCCCUCGUCGGGCGGAGCCGCCUGUGCCCCCGGUGCGUCGUAGCUACUCACCGGAGCCCCCCACGUACGUAGAACGUCGUCGUAACAGCUACGAACGCGAAUCGCCCAAACAGCCCCCACAAUAUUACGAUCAAAGGUGUCCCGCCGAUCACGCAUUCGAAGAUAACACCACCCAUCACUGUGAUAAUAACUAUAGGGAAGUCAAACUCGUUAACAGCCAAUCAGCUAACUGCAUCAAGGAAUAUACGAAUGGUGACCGGUACGCGCACUCGCAAUACCGGGAGAGUGACUCGUCGGCUCACAGCCACCGAUGUCCGGUGGCCCAUAGGCCCCCAUUUGUGCGGCGCCCCGUCACAAGGAAUUCGAAUAUUUUAUCGGCGGUUUUGCGUUUGGUGAAGGAGUUGGAUUAUCCAAGUUUGGAGGUGGUGGAGAUGGAAGUUAGGUCACGGAUGGACGAAUUGGAUGAAUGACGAAAGGAGGAGUCGUCAACUCAAGACGAUACAGCACAAGAGGUUACAGAAAUCUGAGCUACGCACAGCAAGUAUUGACUUAUUUAUUGCUAAGUUUCUGAUCGAAUUUUACCGGUCGGAGAUUUUUACUUAUUUAGGAUUAAUUUUUUACGUUAUUGGGUAUCUACUUAAUGCAGCUAAUUUGAGUAUUACGUACGGUCGGAAAUGAUCUAAACAACUAAAUAAAAGUCUGAUUUUUUUUCUAAACGCAUUAUCGCAUAAGCUUCAUGUACAUAAACUGCCACGAAUUUAAUGUAACAACAAUACAAGGUUUUUACAAACGAAACUAUUUUCAAUGGUUGUUUUGGGGUUUCGUAACACACUUGUUGUUGGUUGCAAAUUUGAAUCGUUUCAUUCCCUCCAUUAGACUGUUAUUGUUUAAUGUUAUAUUUUAUACUGUUAAUCUAGUCUUUAGUUGAGUAACUUUUUCAUUUGUCCCCGACGUUAAGUAUUAAAGUAAGUGCAAUUUGUAAAACUAUUAAUAAAUUAAUAUUAUUA